UAAGCUUCACGCAAAUCUGGAAUCUUUAGCUGAAUCACUCUUAAGUGGAGCUCGGAUUUGUUGCUGGAAGAAGGUUUCGGAGGAAGAAAUUGAUCAGUCUUUCUACAAUUCUAAAGAGAAAAGAGCUCAAUCAAAAUCGAGUCUUCUUCUAGUCAAAUUGAAAUCAACCUCGAAUUGUGCUUCGUUUGUUUUCUCUUGAUUCUUCGCCGAUCUUUGCUUCCCGAAUCUCAUAUCCGAAAUCAGUCUUUGAAGAAUAGGGAUUAAAGCAUCGUGAUGGACUACGAAUCUUUUGAUAGCAGCGGAACAGAUGAUGAUCUGCCUCCAUCGCAUACUGUUCCCCGGGGAGGACGUGUGUCUGGUAAUGGAAGACCUUCGAAUCUCCCUCCAUCUUACCCGAAGAUGUAUGAUGAAGUUGCUGCUGAUAUGGAAGCUCAAAUCCACCAGUUUGAGAAGGAAGGAUACAUCUCCGUUCUAAGAGCCUUUAAAGCCCAGGCAGAUGCAAUUACUUGGGAAAAAGAAAGUCUAAUAACUGAACUCCGUAAAGAGUUGAGAUUAUCGAAUGAGGAGCAUAGAGAGCUUCUAGGUCGUGUAAAUGCAGAUGAUACAAUACGAAGGAUAAGGGAAUGGAGACAAUCUGGAGGAAUGCAACCAAGUAUGCGCAAUGCUGCUCAAGUGGUUCAUGAUACAUUGCCAAGCCCUUCAGUUUCAGCUUCUAUCAAGAAGCACAAACCAAACCAGCCGAUUCCUUCUCAACCAUUCGUCAGUCCUUCACCUUCUUUUCACCCUCAAGCUGAUCCCACUCAUCCGUUUGCUUCAUCGACAGCUAAACGAGGAUCUGUUCCGAAUGUCAAGGGCAAAAAGCAUAAGCCAAUUUUCCCUGGUUCGUCUUCCGCGAAACCCAUCUCAUACCAUCCUUCAGAUCAGCCUCCACGAGGACUUGUCAUGAACAGAUUACCAUCUGGUCCUACCAGUUCAAUUGAACCUACAAACGGAACCGAACCUGAGUCUUUUGUAGGAAGAAGAGUUAGAACAAAGUGGCCUGAAGACAAUACAUUUUACGAGGCUGUCAUCACCAAGUAUAAUCCAGUUGAGGGUCGUCAUGCUUUAGUUUAUGAUAUUGGAACACCUAACGAGACAUGGGAGUGGGUUAAUCUGUCAGAGAUCUCUCCUGGUGAUAUUGAAUGGAUAGGAGAGGAUCCUGGGGUUGGUAAUCGAUAUGGUUAUAAUGGACAAGGCCAUGGUCUGAAUAGAACUACAGGACCCAACAGUGUUCAACAACGGGGAGGCAGUUUGGGGAAGACCACUAUCAGAAAAGAUUUCAGAACAUCACAGAAUGGAACUGGGAAGAAGAAACAUCUCGAUAUACGAAUCCGUCAAACUAAUGUCCUAAUCAGAGAGGUGGAGAGAGUUCUUGGUUCACACAAUCCAGAUCCUCAAGAAGUUGUAAGGGCUAAGAGAGUUUUGGAGGAGCAAGAACAUGCACUUGUGGGUGCAAUCGCAAAGCUUGAAGAUAUGUCCGAUGGAGAAAACGAAAGUGGCUUUCGUCGUUAACUUGUGUUUGAAUCAAGCAAUUUUGCCAAGGCACAGUGCAAUGCUGUCCAUAAAGAGCAGAUGAAGAAGAUAGCAUUUGUUGAGAUUGAAGGUCAGAGUCUCAACUUCAUUGAUGUUGCCCUUAUUUUGGGUUUCUGACUGUAAUUUUUGCUGAAAUUAGAGAUUAGCUUUACCCGAAUGUUGGUUUUGUUGGAUAUACAUAUGUUCAAUGGAACGGUUUCAGUA